GCUUCCGCUUGGUGAAACCACGCAUGUGUUGAUCCGUGCUGCAGCAACGUGCAUCAGUUCCUCUCUGACCCCACUGUUGAUCUGCAUUCAGACUGAGGCUCUGCUGGUUUUCUCAGCUGCUCGAUAUUACUGUAGCUUAUACAGGGGGGAGGCUUCGCCGUCUGAGGCAGUUUUUAAGGCCCUGCUAGGCAACGAGAAAGAAAAAAAAAACGAAAAAAAAAAAAAACGACCGAUACGAAAUCAAGCUUUCGACUCGUUUCGAUUUUGUUUUGGCUGAUUUCACUCCACCGCACGUCCGCCUCGGGUCUAGAACUGCAGACCCGCUACCGCUAACGUGCGUAAUGUAUCGUAGAGAGGAAACACAGUGAAUAGACGGACACGUCCAUCUGCAAUAAAGAGGAAACGAAGAUGGUGAUGAUGGCUUCACCAAAUGUAGCCUCCAAAUGUUCGACAGCAAUGGCGAAGCCCUCCUUCCCCCUGAAGCUGUUUCUCUGGGUUUUUAUUGUCGUUAAUCUCCCUACAAGCUCCUUCCAGACUGAUGACGAUGAUGAGGUGUCUAACAAGACGUGGGUGCUGACUCCCAAAGUGUAUGAGAGUGACGUCACGCACAUCCUAAACAGCCUACUAGAUGGUUAUGACAACAAACUCAGACCUGAUAUCGGAGUCAAGCCGACAGUGAUCCACACAGACAUGUUUGUCAACAGCAUCGGUCCAGUAAAUGCCAUCAAUAUGGAAUACACCAUCGACAUCUUUUUUGCUCAGACCUGGUACGACAGAAGGUUAAAAUUCAACAGCACGAUGAAGGUUCUGCGUCUCAACAGCAACAUGGUUGGGAAGAUCUGGAUCCCAGACACUUUUUUCCGCAAUUCGAAGAAGGCUGAUGCCCACUGGAUCACCACACCCAAUCGCAUGCUUCGAAUCUGGAAUGACGGUCGAAUACUCUACACCCUCAGGUUGACCAUCGAUGCCGAGUGCCAGCUUAAACUGAACAACUUCCCAAUGGAUGAGCACUCAUGUCCCCUGGAGUUUUCAAGCUAUGGCUACCCCAGGGAGGAGAUUGUGUACAAGUGGAAAAGGAGCUCAGUGGAGGUUGGUGACAUUCGCUCCUGGAGGCUCUACCAGUUCUCCUUUGUGGGCCUAAGGAACACCACUGAGAUUGUCAGGACUGUCUCAGGAGACUAUGUGGUGCUGACCGUCUUCUUUGACCUGAGCAGGAGAAUGGGCUACUUCACCAUUCAGACCUACAUCCCAUGCACCCUGAUUGUUGUCCUCUCCUGGGUCUCGUUCUGGAUCAACAAGGAUGCAGUACCAGCCAGGACAUCAUUAGGCAUCACCACUGUGCUGACCAUGACCACGCUGAGUACUAUUGCCAGGAAAUCCCUUCCAAAAGUUUCCUAUGUGACCGCCAUGGACCUGUUUGUGUCUGUCUGCUUCAUCUUUGUCUUUGCGGCGCUUAUAGAGUAUGGCACGCUGCACUACUUUGUCAGCAACAGGAAGCCUAGUGCCAAAAAGGACAAGAAGAAGAAAAACCCGCUCCUCCGGCUCUUUUCCUCAAAGCAGACACCCACGGUAGACAUCCGUCCACGCUCAGCCACAGCCAUUCAGAUGAACAACGCCACACACAUGCAGGAGCGAGACGAGGAGUAUGGUUAUGAGUGUCUGGAUGGGAAGGACUGCACCAGCUUCUUCUGCUGCUUCGAAGACUGCCGCUCCGGAGCCUGGCGGCACGGCAGGUUGCAUAUCCGCAUCGCCAAGAUAGACUCGUAUGCACGCAUCUUCUUCCCCACUGCAUUUGGUCUCUUCAACCUGGUCUACUGGGUCUCUUAUCUCUAUCUUUAGGCCUGGGUGUGCAUCCAGCCUUAUCAUAUAGUUCAUUACAUUCUACAUAUGCUCUGUGCCAGCAAGGGACAUUUUGAAGGAGGGACCCACUGAAACACCCAACGAUUUGAUUCAAAGCAAUUCCUUUAAUACCUUAGUUUGAAUCUCUUUGAAUUUUUGUCAUUUCAUUUUAUUACUUUGACAGACAUUGCAAAUGUUGUAGCAUUACAUUUAACUGGUAUGAGGAGAUUUAGUGUGUUGUGAAAGCACUGACUGUGUGAGCAAUUAACAAGAAUCUUAGUUUAGUUUUUGUUUUCAUGAUUUGAUUUUGGACUUUUUAUCUGUAAUUUCCUGUGAAUUUCUUCUCAAUGGGAUUUUUACCAAUUGCUUUAUUUUUAGACAAAUAUAUUCCUUCCAUAGUAAACGGUUUAAAUAAAUAGAAAUUCAGAUCACAGCAAACACCUAUCAGAAAAACCUAAAUUUAUUUUCACUAUUUUUUUCCCCUUAACAUACUAAAACACAAAAUCUGAAGAACUCUAAAAGAGAUGUGUUAGACUGCGACAUUAAAAAUCAUUUUGAUGAUGCUAAUUUAUUUUCAGUUCAUUUAUUUUCAAUUUAUUUAGCUUAAGUGUUGGCACGAUUAGACAUUGUAUUUUUCAUGUGUGGUCAGAGAGAGAUGAUACUGUUUAUGGACAAUGCUCAACUGUACAGACACUGUAUAUAUUUUACUAUUACAUAGUGGUUUACAUUUAUUGCAUGCACCUUUCAGGCCAAAAAUCAACAUGUUUUAUGGUCUAUUGUUGGCUAUGGAAACUAAAAUAUGAGCACUGUUGAUUAUCAUUCAGGAUUUAAUUAUACUUUUUUCUAGAAAAAUUGGAAAAUUAAAUGAUAAAAAUGUGCCCAGUUUAUCUUUUUAAGUUGAGGAAUCAUCUUUGCAUACAGGUGGGAGGAUCAGCCCAGAAUUUCAGGCCAGACGACGGGUUUAAUCAUUUUCCUCGCAGCCAUUAGCUUACAGUAUAGACAACACUGACCUCUCAUCCUCUUCUCCAUUUGCUGUUAAAAGCGAGCAUUUACAUAAUGACACACUGCUGUUGUAUUUUGGUUAUGCAAGCUUUUACAAGAGAAACUGUGCUAAAACAUGUUAGGUUUUCUUAUAAAAACUAAUCUUUUAUUUGCCCUUUACAUUAGCAGAGUAAUAACUUCAAAUAGAGGAAUUUAAACUAAUCUACACUUUACUGCAAAUGUCCAUACAGACAGCUGAAGGGUAUUUUGAAAUCCCUGCAGUAGAACAGGGUUCAUUUUAUGUCAUCCUUCUAAGAUGAGCAACAAAACAAACAAAAAAAAGAAAAACUGAAAAAAAUAUGAAUUGAUAAUAAAUAAAAAGCUUCAUUCAAGUAAAAAAGCAUCUGCUUAUGUUGAGAACAGAUGUGUAAGCCUUAUUAUCAAGCAUCUCACUUCCUGUCUCUGAUAAGAUUGAAUACAUUGAGAAUGUAAAUUAUCACAUAAUGAGGACGUUGAUUCACUGGCUGGGCAGAAAAUUUUCUUUAUAUUUUUUAUUUGAUAUUUUCUUUUUUUUAAUAUAAAUUUGCUUUGAAUGCCGUAAUGUGUGAAGAGAGCAGAGAACACAGCGAAAGCAUCUGAAUUGUAAAUGUUGUGUAUGAUAACAUGUAACGCACUUAAAUUACAGCCCCUUACAGAUCAAUUUUGAUAGACACCAGAUGCAACAAAUGGAGAUAGUGCUUCAGUAUGAUUUGUAAACUCACAAGGAAUAGGUGUAAAUCACAUUGUCUAUGUAUAUAUAUUAUAAACUGAAGAAAACACUUGUUGAGCCCUUGGGAUUUUGUAAAAGGGUAUAUAUUUUGUAAUUUCAGCAUUGUUACAGUAUAUCAUCAUACAGUAUACUAGACUUAUUGUAUUAUGCUGGACUGACCAUGUAGAAUACUUGGGGGUAAUGGGGUAUUUAUUUAUUUAUUCAUUGAUGGUAUUUAUUUAUUUAUUUAUUUUAUUGAAAGAAAUUGUAUUUUAUGUUCAUAUAGCCCCUGAAAAGAAACACAGAAUGCUGUCAUUUAUAUCAAAGAUACAUUUUUUGUUUGAUGUGUCAAUGGAGCUUGAGCUUAUUUAUCUUGUGUUUUCUAUGUUGUGAUCGAUGUACACUACUCUCACAAAGGCCUGUCAAACUGUUAUAUCUGUUGAAUUAGUGAGUUGCAACAUUACCUGUUGUGCAGCUUCUGAGUAGUAAACUUUUAAAUAUUUUCAGGGAAAAAAAACAAAAAAACAUGUUCCCCAGCCACCAGAAGAAAAACAUUUGUUUGUCUAAGUGACUAUUAAUUAUUUCCACUUUUUCCACCGCCACAAGUUUUCAUUGGUCUUGAUAUUUGCCAUCAUUAAUAAAGCAUCAAUGAUGACACUAACAUAUGCAUUUAACAGAUUAUCUCAUAUUUCCUGAAGUUCUUUCCCUUUUGUAUUUAAUGGUGGUUCUGCUGUGUUCCGAAGCUGCCACUUAGUAGUCUAAACCUGUCUUCAGUGUGCACAUACUCACAUUUUUAGGAACGUAAGUGUGUCAAUAGCAAUGUAGACUGGUCAUCGUCAGUGUUCAGUAGUUUAAGUGUGAAAGAGUGAUUACAUCUUAUAAAGUGCCAAACUGACACACAUGCAAUAGAGAAUAUCAAACGAUAAUAUCAUUUGUGAAUCCACUACUGCUUUGUGGAAUACAAAACAUAUGCUAAAGGUGAGUGUUUUCUUGGAAGGAAAUGCUAUACAACGAAUGUUGGCCACACCGAUGUUCCCUCAGACAUUUUUAUUCUUUUUUUCUGUUUGUUUUUUUUUAGUUUGUUUGUUUGAUAUGGUACAGAACCAAAAGCAUGAGGACAAAUGUUCAAAUGUAAACCAGACCAAUAAAAACAAAUUCUUGUAUCAGGGUGAACUGGAAGACAUUUCUGAUUCAGACUGUAUCUGACUUUAUUUACAAACCCAUCGUACUGAUAACCGAGCAUGUCUUGUGUUUGAACAGUGGUGCAGAAUACACUUUUUUUCCCAUGAUAAUAAAAGCUUGAUUAUUAUUUGUUUAUUAUAUUUUUGUGCACUCUACUGUAAAUGCAGAGAUAUAAAGGUGUAUGGGAGAUACUGAAGCGUGUUUAUAUUCAGUAGUGUGCAUGUUGAAUAUGUUUUCAGUCAAACAGGGAUGUUUUAAAGAAUUUGGACUAAUUCAAGCAUUGUUUCAUCUGGUCUCAGUCCUUUGCCUGCAUUGACAUGGGCUUUUAUUACACUGUACUUAUUUUUGCCAAAGUGAUUUUAUUUAUUUUGGGACCCACAAAUGAGACAUAUAUAUGAACAGCACAUGUAGAUAUUUUCUAUUGUUAUGUAUUUUGUCAAACUGCAGAAAACAAAAUAAUACGCACUGGAAUUACAGAGUUCAGUAAAAGGUAUGAAAGAACAAAAUAAAUUUCAUAUGAUCCUCAUACAAACAGUAUGUUAGUUGUUUGCCAUCUAUGUUUCUUUGAGUAUUGUAUAAAAGGGGCGUUGAUCAAUUCUGUUAGGGUCUGCAUAACAUACUAUACAUGUUCUGGAAAAAAUCCUCUUCAUAAGGGAAGUGCACAUAGCUGUGGAAUUUUACAAUAAAAUGGUUGCAUUUA